AUGUGCCUGCAGCUGCCCUACCAGACAAUCCCCAAAGCCCAAUGGGACCAACUGGCCAAUGGCAGCUCCUUCAACAAGUUCCUUCUCCUGGCAUUUGCAGACACACGGGACCUGCAGCUCUUGCACUUCUCACUCUUCCUGGGCAUCUACCUGGCUGCCCUCCUGGGCAACGGCCUCAUCAUCACAGCCGUAGCCUGUGACCACGACCUCCACACCCCCAUCUACUUCUUCCUCCUCAACCUCUCCAUCCUCGACCUUGGCUCCAUCUCUGUCACUGUCCCCAAAUCCAUGGCCAAUUCCCUGAGGGACGCCUUUUCCUACUCGGGAUGUGCUGCCCAAGUCUUUUUCUUUGUCUUUUUCAUAUUGGCAGAGUAUUCUCUCCUCACAGUCAUGGCAUACAAUCGCUACAUUGCCAUCUGCAGACCCCUGCACUACAGGACCAUCAUGGGCAGCAGAGCUUGUGUCCAAAUGGCAGCAGCUGCCUGGGCCAGUGGUUUUCUCAAUGCUCUCCUGCACACUGCUAACACAUUUUCCAUACCACUCUGUCAAGGCAACACAGUGGAUCAGUUCUUCUGUGAAGUUCCCCAGAUCCUAAAGCUCUCCUGUGCAGACUCCUACUUCAGGGAAACUGGGCUUCUUGUGUUCAGUGCCUGUUUAUACUUCAGGUGUUUCAUUUUCAUUGCACUGUCCUAUGUGCAGAGCUUCACAGUCGUGCUGAGGAUCCCCUCUGAGCAGGGCCGGCACAAAGCCUUUUCCAUGUGCCUCCCGCACCUGGCCGUGGUCUCCCUCUUUGUCAGCACUGCAAUGUUUGCCUACCUGAAGCCCCCCUCCCUCUCCUCCCCAGCUCUGGAUCUGGUGGUGGCUGUUCUGUAUGCGGUGGUGCCUCCAGCAGUGAACCCCCUCAUCUACAGCAUGAGGAACAAGGAGCUCAAGGAUGCAGUGAAGAAACUGAUCCAAUGGGUACUAUUUCAGCAGCAAUAA